CCGCGUGCUCCCGCUGUCCCCGACCGGGAACUCCUCGUGCUCUCUGUCGUUCACCAACAAGCGACACGCGAACAUUGCUAUCGACCGGCUCGCGUUAACCGGUGGCUCGUGGGUCGGGCGGAGGGAGUUGUCUGGACCGGACGGUCUCGUGCAAGCGUCGCUAGUCCAGUAGCAGUCCGGCUCGUGCUCCGGAGGGAUCCGCUCGCCUCACCUCCCGGUUUACCGCGCCCGAGACGCCGCGAUGGUUCGACUCACGGACUCGCGUUCGCUGCAGCUGAGGGAACCGGAGGAGCCGUUCGACCGGGAGUCCGGGAAGUUCGUCUUCAACUAGUUUUUUUAUUUCGCUCCCGUUUCGCACGACAGAAAGCGUCGCGCGCGUCCCGCGAUGCACCGGGCGCGGUGAGGCGCGAGGCACCGCGAAGAAGUUCACCGCGUCGACCUCGAGCGGCGGUUCUUCCUGAACCCAUGAUGGCGAAUAACGAAAGCGACCCGGCCGGGCUGUCAGUGCUGCAGCAGCUCGGUCUGGACCAGAACUCGGACUUCUCGGACAGCGGCGUGCAGCAGCGUCUGGACUCGAGCCGCGAGCAGAUCCGCCGCGACAUCCGCCGGGAGCUGAAGAUCAAGGAGGGCGCCGAGAACCUGCGGCGUGCCACCACCGACAAGAGGAACGUGCAGCAGGUGGCCUCGCAGCUCCGCAGCUCCAACACGCGGCUGGACGCCCUGCACGCACAGCUGCAGGAGCUGGACGCACACAUCGUGGUCCGGGGUCACCACGACGACCAGGACGGGCCGGGCAGGGUCGGCUCUGCCCCGAGGCGGACGACCGGUCAGAAUCGCGUCGCGGCAUUGGAGCGGCAGCUCAACAUCGAGCUGAAGGUCAAACAGGGGGCGGAGAACAUGAUCCCCAUCUACGCCAAUGGAGCCACCAAGGACAAGAAGAUGCUUCAGGCAGCUCAGCAGAUGCUCCAGGACAGUAAGACCAAGAUCGACAUCAUCCGCAUGCAGAUCCGCAAGAGCAUGCAGGCCAGCGAGCAGUCGGAGGAGAACCACGGUAAGCCGGACCUGUGCGGGGUGGAGCUGCGGGUGGAGGAGCUGUGGCACCACUAUCGGGUGGAGCACGCCAUGGCCGAGGGCGCCAAGAACAUGCUCCGCCUCCUGGGUGGGGCCAAGGUCCAUGACAAGAAGGCCCUCGCCGAGGCCCAGUGCGGUCUGAGCGGCUCCUCCCAGCGCCUGGACCUCCUGCGCUCCUCCUUGGAGCAGCGUCUGUCCGGCCUGCCCCAGGACCACCCCAAAGCCUGCCUCAUCAAGGAGCAGCUGCUGCUGUCCUCCUCCCCUGCCUUCAGCUGCCGCCACGGCGCCCCCUACGUCCACAACCAGUACAGCACCCUCAGCAAGCCCUCGCCACUCACUGGUACGCUGCAGGUGCGUCUGCUGGGCUGCGUGGGGCUGCUGGAGGUGGUCCCGGGGCGGAGCCGGGCCACGCCCGUUGUGCUGCCCUCCUAUUCGCUGGGAGACGGCCGCGCCUCCUUCAAGCUGAGCGGCCUCUACAGCCGCAGCGGUAGCAGCAGCAGCCUCAAGUCCCCCGGCAAAACCGACGAGCUCUCCACGGAGGUGAGCGCGGUGCUGAAGCUGGAGAACUCGGUGGUGGGCCAGACGGCCUGGAGGCCGGUGGGAGAGGAGGCCUGGAGCCAGACCUUCAGCCUGGAGCUGGAGAGGUACCGGGAGAUGGAGAUCGCGGUGUACUGGAGGGACUACCGUUCCCUGUGUGCUCUAAAGUACCUGAAGCUGGAGGACUUCCUGGACAACCAGACGCACCGAGUCCGCCUGGAACUGGAGCCACAGGGGCUGCUGCUGGCUGAGGUGACGUUCUUCAACCCCAUCAUAGAGAGAGGCCCGAAACUACAGAGACAGAAGAAAGUCUUCUCCAAACAGAACGGAAAGGGCUUCCUGCGUGCGCGGCAGAUGAACGUUGACGUGGCGACGUGGGUCCGCCUCCUCAGGAACGCCAUCCCAAGCGGCACCACGGCAACGUACAACCCCUUCAGCAGCACGGCGGGCACGCACGGUGCCGGGGAGCCCUCCCUGGAGAAGCUGAACAUCGAGAGUGGCUCUCCCCCCAAGUCUGAGCCCAGGAGAGACGUGGUGGACACGCCCCUCACGGAGCAGGUGCCGGUGAUCUCCCCCCCCAGCGUCCAUCCUCCCCAGAAACCUGCUAGAACACACAGCUCAACCAGCAGCUCCAGUCAGGGUCCUCUGUGCCUUCAGGACUUCAAGAUGAUCGCCGUUCUCGGCAGAGGCCAUUUUGGAAAGGUCCUCCUCUCUGAGUACAAGAAGAGCGGCCGCCUGUACGCCAUCAAGGCCCUGAAGAAGGGCGACAUCGUGGCCCGCGACGAGGUGGAGAGCCUGAUGUGUGAGAAGCGUAUCUUCGAGACGGUGACCGACGCGCGGCAGUCCUUCCUGGUCAACCUGUUUGCGUGCUUCCAGACCCCGGAGCACGUGUGCUUCGUCAUGGAGUACACGGCGGGGGGCGACCUCAUGAUGCACAUCCACACCGACGUGUUCCUGGAGCCCCGCGCCAUGUUCUAUUCCGCCUGUGUGGUUCUGGGUCUGCAGUUCCUGCACGACCACAAGAUCGUCUACCGGGAUCUCAAGCUGGAUAAUUUGCUGCUGGACACAGAGGGCUUUGUGAAGAUAGCAGACUUUGGCCUCUGUAAAGAAGGUAUGGGUUUCGGGGACAGGACCAGCACCUUCUGUGGGACCCCUGAGUUCCUGGCCCCGGAGGUCCUGACGGACACGUCGUACACCCGGGCGGUGGACUGGUGGGGGCUGGGGGUCCUGAUCUACGAGAUGAUGGUGGGGGAGUCGCCGUUCCCCGGUGACGACGAGGAGGAGGUGUUCGACAGCAUCGUGAACGACGAGGUCCGCUACCCCCGCUUCCUGUCCACCGACGCCAUCGCCAUCAUGAGGAGGCUGCUGAGGAGGAACCCAGAGAGACGGCUGGGCUCCGGAGAGAAGGACGCAGAGGAUGUGAAGAAACAACCUUUCUUUAAGACCAUGGACUGGGAGGCUCUGCUCCAGCGGCAGCUCGCCCCGCCCUUCGUGCCGGCUCUCAGCGGGAACGCCGACGUCAGCAACUUCGACGAGGAGUUCACCGGGGAGAAGCCGGCGCUCACGCCGCCGCGGGAACGCCGCGUCCUCUCCCGCAAGGACCAGGACACCUUCAGGGACUUCGACUACGUCUCCGGCCUCUGCUGAGGCCCCG